AUGAGGGGGAUGAGAGUGGCCAGUGGCAAGGCUCUGACGAUGCUGGUUGCAGUGUUUAUUAUCUGCGCCGGCGGCGGCCUGGUGAUCUCGCCGGCGGCGGCGGCGGCUCAGGAGGUGCCCUUGGUGCCGGCGGUGUACGUGUUCGGCGACUCGACGGUGGACGUGGGCAACAACCUGUACCUGUCGGAGAACUUUACGCCGCAGCCUUUUCCCUACGGCAUCGACUUCCGGCCGGACUCGCCCUCGCCCACGCCCAACGGAAGGUUCAGUAACGGAUACAACAUGGCCGACUCCAUCGCGAGGCUGUUGGGCUUCCACAUGAGCCCGCCCGCUUAUCUGUCGCUGACGCCGGAGACGAUGGUUGAUAUACUGAAAGGCUUCGGUGGAGUCAACUAUGCUUCCGGUGGAUCCGGCAUCCUCGACAUCACUAACAAUGCCUCCCUCCCGUUGAGCAAGCAGGUGGAGUACUUCGCGGUCACCAAGGCAAACAUGACAGAGGAAAGCGGCGGCAACAACACCGACAUCGAUGCGCUCUUGUCCAGGUCGCUCUUCCUCAUUAGCGACGGCGGCAACGAUAUGAUGUACUUCCUCACUCAUGACCCGUCCAUCUUCAAGCCAGUUCAGCCCUUCUACGACGACCUUCUGUCCAACUACACCAAGUAUGUCGAAAGGCUGUACGGGCUCGGGGCGCGGCGUUUCGGCGUCAUCGACGUGCCGCCCAUUGGCUGCGUGCCGGUGGUGCGGGCGAAACUACCGCUCGGCGAGCGCGACUGCGGACUCAUCGCCAAUAAACUCGCCAGCGGCUUCAACAGCGCCUUGCGCGAGGCGAUGAAGGAGCUCGCCGAGUCGCUGCCCGGGAUGAAGUACUCCGUGGGGAGCUCCUACAACCUGGUGAUAAACUUCACGGGGCCGCCGGCGGCCCCCGGGUUCAAGGUUGUGAACGCCGCGUGCUGCGGCGGCGGGAAGCUCAAGGGGGAGGCCUUCUGCACCACCCCCAAUACCACCCACUGCGACAACCGCGACGAGCACCUGUUCUGGGACGGGGUGCACUGCACCCAAGCCACCUCCAACAAGGGCGCCAAAGCCAUCUAUGACGCGCCGGAGGAGGAAGGAUUUGCCACGCCCAUGAAUUUCAAGAAGCUGCUUGUUGAUGAUCAACGCACAUCGUCAGCCGUUAAUUCGCUGAUGAGAGCGUGA